AUGACUUCUGUUAUUCCAAAACCACCGGAUUUCCAUUCCAAGAGGAUCACAGAUGAUCAUAUGGAUAAUAUGAUCUUUUACCUCAAAUACAAGAAAGAUCAUGAGAUUAAACCUUCGAUGGUACGGGGAAAGUGUCUCAAGAAAUUGUAUUCAGAAAUACAUUCCCUAGUACAUGAUAUCCAAAUCAAAUAUGAUAAACAUCAGUCGGUCAAAAGAGAUCAUUGUCUAGCUGCCAAAUUUUUGGCAGCGGUUUUGACAAGCCUACCAUUCCUCUAUUGUGAAAGUAGAGAAUUCGAAGAUUAUCAAUGGACAAGAAUUGCUUAUGAUUUGGGUAAUGCUGACGAGUUGUUACCCCAUUUAGUGAGGUAUCAGGUAGGUCCAUCAUUCUAUAUCAGCUUUGGGUCCAUAACUAAUCAACUUAAAAGAGAAUUUUUCAAAUUGUUUGCAACCAAUUAUAAAUCACCCAAGCAUCCUGAUACUGCUGAUGAUAAUUUUCACAAUUCACCAAUCAUAUAUCGUGAUAAACAAAUAAAUGAAGAAUUCGAAUAUUUCACCACUGAUGAAAUAAAGCGUUUAAUCAUAAAUGGUGAUCGUCUCCAUAGUGACUUCACUCAGUCAUCUGUACCUAAGAAAGAUCCUGCCAAUAGCGAAUGGUAUCAUCAUUGGGGAUAUGUUUAUGAAACCAACAAAGAUGCACUUAGAGCAAUUGAACUUGAGAUUGGUAAUUAUCAUCUAGAAAUAUCUUUCUUACAAGAUUUACUUGAUCUCAGACUAGGUUAUUUUAAUGUUCAAUCUACCAACACAUCCUUGUCGAAUCUCAUAAGGCAGAAAAUCCAUAAAAUCAACUCUGUCUACUUGCCCCGAUUACAGAAAUUGAGGGCAGUCAAGCUCAAGGGAUUACAAUCCACCAAACCUUUUUCAUCUAAAUUUUAUGAUAUCUUACAUUAUUAA